GUGGGGGGAGGAGGGAUGGGGAAGGGCAUCAGAGCACCCAAAAAAAUGACCUCUCCCAACAUCACCAACAGAGAGACACCUGUCUGAUUGCAGAGCCUCCCCGGCAGAGGGACACCAUCAUUCGCCCUUCCCUCUCUCUCUAUCUCACAAAUCACGAUAUUCCGUUUCUGCUCGUCAAGCUCAUAGCCGCAGCUCUUUUUCUCCUUCCGGUUGCACCGGAUUGCUUCAAGUAAUUCAUCUGAUCUCUCUGUCUCCCUCUGUCUCUUCAAGAUUUGAGCUAAACCUCCUCUUUGAAUGAGGAUUACAUGUAACCCGCCUCUGCUUCAGAAUCUAUCCUUGUCUUUUUCCUCUUGUUAAAACUUAAACCUCUCUCCGAAUACUCGAUUACUUGAAGCGAUUAGUCUGAACCUUAGACCCUCCUUCUACCCUUCCCCGUUUGCUCUUUCAGAGGCCAAGAAUUCUUUGUUUGGAUUCCUGGCUCCUUUAAGUUAAGACCUGCCCCUCUGUGUCUCCGUCUUUAUCUCUCCCUCGUGCAAGCUUAAACCUCUCUCCGAUUACAUGAUUGCUGGAAGUGAUUAGCCUGAGCCUAGGACUCUCCUCCUCCCUUUUCCCGGUUCGCUCUUUCAAAGGCUACAGAAGAAUUAUUUGGUUGUAUUCCUCGCUCGCUAACACAUACUCUCUCUCUCUUUCACAAUAAUCAAUUCUUUCUCUAUCUGUUACUCUAUCUAGUUUAUGUUGGUUACUGUAGGAGGAUUUUGCACAGUUUCCGGGGAAGAAAAAUGGUGGACUAAGCCUGUACUGGCGCUUCUUUUUCUUCCAUUUGGUUUCUCGAGUGAUGAAUGCUCAGAGUUGCUGGACCAACGGUGGAGCUUUGAAGUGUUUUUCCAAUCGAGUGGCCUUGGGAAGGAUUUCGGAUCGAUGAACAUGGACGAAUUUCUCAAGAGCGUCUGUUUUGCAGAAGAUACUCAGGGGUUUGGCACACCCCUUGAUUUACAGGAAGGGAAUUCCGGUAGCUUAGGCAGGCAACCCAGUUUGCAGAGACAGGGUUCCCUAACGCUGCCUAGGACUUUGAGCUUGAAGACUGUGGAUGAAGUUUUCAAGGACAUGUUUAGGGAAAGCGUAGAGCCGAGUGGCAAUCUCAACACGCCAUUCCCACAGAGACAGCAGACUCUUGGAGAGAUGACUUUAGAGGAGUUCCUGGUCAGGGCAGGGGUGGUGAGAGAAGGUAUCCAAUCUGCUGCUAACAGUGGACUUCUCUUGGGUAACUAUGGGACCAGCAUGGGCGGAAAUAGCGCCACUCCGGUUCAGUCUGAUGUUGGCUUAGUUCUUGGAUUUGGCCAGUCAGAUCAGACUAAUGGGAAUUUAUCAAGCAUGGCAUAUCAAGGAAUUGUUGAUUCAUCUGCCAGUAGUAUGGCGACUCUGGAAGGAAUAAGAUCUCAAUCACAGCAGCAGCCUCAGCUACAGCAGCAGCAGCAGCAACUUCCAUGGCUCAAUAGUCGGUACAACCAAAGUCCUGUCGUUCAACAACCAAAGCCACAAGAGAAUCAGCUUUUUCAUAAGCAAUCUAUAAUUGGUUUUGCACCACCGGUCCAAAUAUCCAACAACGUGGACAUGAAGAAUCCAAGUAUUGGAAGUAGUCUCUCCCUAUCUCAGGUGGGUGGUAUUUCAGGAAAUGGUGCUCAAGUUGGAUCUGCAGGAGUUGUUGGAAUAGCAGAUUCAAAAGCAGGUAUUGCAGUUGUUUCUUCUUCAUGUAAUGGAUAUAUGAAAGGUGGUAUCCAAGGGGGAGGUGGAAUCAGCGUGACUAGCCUAGGAGCUCCAGGAGGUGCAGUGACAACUGCAGCUCGUGCAAGUCCACUUUCUUCUGAAGGCUUGAACAAAAGUGAUGGUGAUAAUUCUUCGUUGUCUCCUGUUCCUUACACAUUUGGUGGAGGUCUGAGAGGAAGAAAAGGUGGUGGACCACUGGAGAAAGUUGUUGAGAGGAGGCAAAGGCGUAUGAUAAAGAACAGGGAAUCAGCUGCAAGGUCACGUGCUCGCAAGCAGGCUUAUACCAUGGAAUUGGAGGCAGAAGUGGCAAAACUCAAAGAUGAAAACAUGAAAUUGCAGAAGAAGCAGGCCGAAAUCGUGGAGAUGCAAAAGGCUCAGGUUCUAGAGAAGCUGAGCCAGCAGGCUGCUCCUAAAAAACGAUGCCUGCGGAGGACAAGCACUGGCCCUUGGUAAAUGUAAAUGUACUAUAGGAGAAAAUGACAUCGUUAUGUUUUAGGAACGUUGCUGUACAUAUAAGCAGAGAGGUGAUAGAAGAAAGUUACCUGUAAUUUGAAAAUAGGAAAGAUGUUUUUCUGUGCUAUUCUAAGACUACUAGCCUAGUAUUCUUUUCUCUCUGUGCUUUGCCAUCAGAGAUGAUGACACUA